GGGGCCCCCCGGGCAAUAAGGGAUCAUGGGGCCCCUGUGUCCUUCCCCAAACUCAAAAAAGCCUAUGAAAAAGGUACCAGGGGCAUCUCAUGGGGCCCCCUAAUGACCCUGGGCCCUCGGGCAGUGCCCGGGUUUCCAUAUGGUCAGUCCGCCCCUGCCUCCACACCAUUACACCACCACCACCAGCCUGAACAAUUGAUACAAGGCAGAAUUUUGUGGAAACAUUAAAAUCUCAGGGUUUUUUUUAUGCCAUCUGUGUCCCCACUAGGUAGGCUCAGCCCUUUAUUUGUCAUGGUG